AUAGCAAGCUGCCACAUAAAUAAAUAGUGGAAAGUGAAAGGAGGAAGGUAGAUUGAGCAAGCAGUUCAUGACAACGUAUUAAUUUCCAAAAUGCAACACAGAAAAAGGAAAACUAAACGGAGACUGAAUCUUAGACCUUCACUCUGUACAUUAAGUUUAAUGGUUUUAUCACCGGCUUCAUAUGACAGGAAAUGAUCUGGGCGUUUUGUUCACUUAUUCUGGAUGCACUUGGUUUCAGAGAGCAACUGGUAACAUGGAUUGCACCUCGGAAGGGGACAGCUGAACUCUCCCUCUGGCUUUAGUGAGGAAAGAGCAGCGAUGAAAUCCGUGGACUGUGUGCACGUCAUCCAACAGAAGGAUACCGCCUCCUCUCCCUCUGCCCCCUCUGGUGCUGCUUCAGGCACCACGGGACUUUUUUCUGUCACAUUCCUGUGGCUUGCAAUGCUCCUGUCCUCUUGCCUUGCAGCAUUGUCUCUUUACCAUGUUAUCACCCUGAAAACAGAGCUAGAAGCUCUACGCAGCGAUCUGAUCUACAGGGUCCAGGCAAAGUCUCCACUAGACCGGCCACCUGUCUAUCACCUAUCACCGGAUGAAAAUAAAGCAGGUACCCCUGUUUCUUCCAUCCUACAAGUGUCUGCAUCUGGCACCAGGCAGGAGAACAGGUUUCCUGGUCCCGGCCCAGCUGAAAGCUUCCAAAAGGAAAUCUGGAAUGGGAGCAGAAACAGGGGGAGAAGGUCUCUUGUCCACACAGAUGAAACAGUGCUGCAGGCCUGCUUGCAACUGAUUGCUGACAGCAAAAGUGAUAUCCAGCAGAUAGAUGAUUCAAGCAUUGUCCCUUGGCUUCUGAGCUUUAAACGUGGAACAGCUUUGGAAGAACAAGGAAAUAAAAUAAUAAUCAAAGAAACAGGAUAUUUUUUCAUAUACGGCCAGGUUUUAUAUACAGAUACAACAUUUGCUAUGGGACAUCUUAUACAGAGGAAGAAGGCCCAUGUGUUUGGUGAUGAUCUCAGCUUGGUGACAUUGUUUCGUUGCAUCCAAAAUAUGCCACAGUCUUAUCCGAAUAACUCUUGCUAUACUGCUGGCAUUGCAAAAUUAGAAGAAGGGGAUGAACUUCAGCUUACAAUACCGCGGAGAAGGGCCAAAAUAUCCUUGGAUGGAGAUGGUACUUUUUUUGGUGCAGUUAGACUCCUCUGAAGCUCUUAAUUUCUGUUAUUAUGUUUAAUGCAGUUUUCUUUUUUUCCUAUGCCUUUGUCAGAAAAAAUAUCAAAUUGUAAUAAAGCUGCCAAUUCUGUCUCUUCCCAUCCACCACCAUCUUCUGAAAACUUUUCUUCAGUUUAAUAAGUGAACUCAAAACAGGAAAUACACCAGUCAUACUUGUGAGAUGUAACCAUCACGUGAUUACCACAAGUAUAAAGUAUAGGGAAAACACAUCAAGCAGUAGAUUCCUCAUCACAAAACAGAUGUGUCAAAUGGAUUCUAGGGUUUUUUUGUUUUUUCUUUGAGACCAAGAUUUUGGGGAAGGAAACAGUCUGAAUGUAUGGGACACUGGAAAGUAAAUGUAUGGAAUAAUGAAAACAAACUCCUCAGAAAUACACAGAAUAGUAGCUACUGGCUUGCCUCACCCUUGUGAAGAAAAACUGUAGAAAUUGCUAAAACCUAUUAGUAUUUGCUAAUUAGAAUUAAUUUUACUGGGAAAGGCACAAGGAAGAUACUUCAACAGCUUGAUCUUCAAAGCAUUGCUACUCACCAAGAAAUAAGUGUAUACUUUUAUCUAACCAAGGCAGGGAUAGAAAGAAACAUGAUGAGAUUAGACACAAUGCAAUAGGUGGAACUAGAUUUCUGGCUUAAUAAUUUCUGCAGUCAUAUAUAGAUGUGUACAUGUACAUACCCCAUAUAUACGUAUAUGUAUAUAUAUGAAAGAAUACACGCACACACAUAAGCCUUUGACAUUUGGGCAUAGAAUUUUAUCUUCUUUUGCAUAGAUUAUCCAAUGGAAAUAAUACUGCUGAAUUUUUU